AUGACCGGCGAAUCCCGCCCCAAGCGGAAACACAGCUCCGUAUCCGCCUCGGACAGACCAUCCAAACACCUCAAACCUGAAUCCACCGUCCUCACCCCGGGAGACGAAACACCCGCAAACGGCACCGUGUACGAUGUCGAGAAUGGUGAGGAUAUUACGCCCAUCGUUGCCCUAGGCGCAACACAGGCGGAUUCACCAGAGUGGCAGGCAACAAUCGAAUCGGUGGUGAAGAGUGUGGUUUCGAUUCAUUUUUGUCAAACCUGCUCGUUUGAUACGGAUCUUUCCAUGUGUAGUCAAGCGACGGGGUUUGUGGUUGAUGCGGAAAGGGGGUAUAUACUUACGAAUAGGCAUGUCGUUUGUGCCGGGCCGUUUUGGGGGUAUUGUAUUUUUGAUAAUCAUGAAGAGUGCGAUGUUCGUCCCGUUUACCGAGAUCCCGUGCACGAUUUUGGUAUUUUGAAAUUCGACCCAAACGCGAUCAAGUACAUGGAUAUCACAGAGCUGAAAUUGAAUCCCGACGGAGCACAAGUGGGCGUUGAAAUCAGAGUGGUUGGUAAUGAUGCCGGAGAGAAACUCAGUAUUCUUUCCGGUGUUAUUAGUCGACUUGAUCGAAACGCGCCGGAAUACGGUGAAGGGUACAGCGAUUUCAACACAAAUUACAUCCAAGCUGCUGCUGCUGCCAGUGGUGGGAGUUCCGGUAGUCCCGUUGUCAAUGUUGCUGGACAUGUUGUUGCGCUGCAGGCGGGUGGGCGUGCAGAUGGUGCGGCUACGGAUUACUUUUUACCGCUUGGUCGUCCACUGCGUGCGCUGCAGUGUAUUCAAGAAGGCAGGCCUGUUACACGUGGAACUAUUCAGACACAAUGGAUGAUUAAACCGUUUGACGAAUGUCGGCGUCUCGGUUUGACGCCGGAAUGGGAAGCAUACGUCCGGAAAAUGGCGCCUAAAGAGACGGGGAUGUUGGUGGCGGAGAUUGUCCUGCCAGAGGGUCCAGCUGAUGGCAAACUUCAAGAAGGGGAUGUUUUGCUGAAGGUCAAUGGGGAGUUACUCACUCAGUUUGUGCGACUGGAUGAUAUUCUAGACUCGAAUGUUGACCAGUCGAUUCGGCUUUUGAUUCAGCGUGGUGGUGAGGAUCUGGAAGUAGAUUGCACUGUUGGAGACUUGCAUGCGAUUACGCCAGAUCGGUUUGUCAGUGUUGCUGGAGGGACGUUUCAUGAUUUGUCUUAUCAGCAAGCUCGUCUUUAUGCUAUUGCAUGUCGCGGCGUCUAUGUCUGUGAGGCAGCGGGGUCAUUCAAGAUUGAAAAUACUCUGUCAGGCUGGAUUAUUGAUUCUGUCGACAAACGAUCAACUAGAAACUUGCAGGAGUUUAUCGAAGUAAUGAAGGCGAUCCCAGAUCGAUCAAAAAUCGUCAUCUCCUACCGACAUAUCCGAGAUCUCCAUACCCGAGGGACAAGCAUUAUCUAUCUUGACCGUCACUGGCAUCCAAAGAUGUCUCUUGCCAUCCGCAACGAUGAGACUGGUCUAUGGGAUUUUUCAGAUAUCGCCGGUCCAAUACCCGCCGAACCGCCGGUUCCUCGGAAAGCAGACUUUAUCCAGUUAGAUGGGAUUAGUCAAACGGCGGCCGCUGAAAUUGUUCGCAGUUUUGUCCGUGUGUCUUGUACGAUGCCUUUGAAAUUGGAUGGGUUCCCUCAGGCUAAGAAAACUGGUUACGGAUUGGUCAUUGAUGCAGAGAAAGGCUUUGUCGUUGUAUCGCGAGCUAUUGUUCCGUAUGAUUUGUGCGAUAUCAACAUUACAGUCGCGGAUUCGAUAAUCGUUACUGGGAAAGUGGUUUUUAUGCACCCGCUACAAAACUAUACUAUUGUGCAAUACGAUCCAAGUCUCGUCCUAGCACCUGUUCGAAGUGCGCGAUUGAGUACGGAAAACAUAAAGCAAGGCCAAGAUACGAUCUUUGUCGGAUUUAACCAAAAUUUACGGAUUGUCGUUGCCAAGACCACUGUGACUGAUAUUACGACCGUCGCUAUUCCAGCCAAUGCCUCAGCUCCACGUUAUCGUGCUAUUAAUCUUGAUGCCAUCACAGUGGACACGGGACUGAGCAGUCAAUGCACGAAUGGCGUUCUGCUACGAGAAGACGGAAUUGUGCAAGCCCUUUGGCUGAAUUACUUGGGUGAGCGGACGGGAAACUCACACAAGGAUGUUGAGUAUCAUCUCGGUUUAGCGACGCCGUCUCUUCUCCCGAUAAUCAGCAAGAUCCAACAGGGCGAAAUCCCCAAACUCCGAAUUUUGAGUAUGGAGAGCUACGUCAUUCAAAUGAGUCAAGCGCGGAUUAUGGGCGUAUCAGAGGAAUGGAUUAAUAAAGUCGCAGAAGCGAAUCCUUCUAGACAUCAGUUAUUCAUGGUGAGGAAAUUGGACAGUCCGCCUCCAUCAUUUACGCAUGAGGCCGAUGCUUUGAAAGAGGGGGAUAUCAUUCUUACUUUGAACGGAAAACUCAUCACACGAGUCUCGGAGUUUGAUAUCAUGUACGACAAUGAAGUUCUUGAUGCAUUGAUUGUUCGGAACGGGCAAGAAAUGCACGUCAAAGUUCAUACAGUUCCAACCGAAGAUCUAGAGACGGAUCGAGCUGUUGUAUUCUGUGGCGCUGUACUACAGAAACCACACCAUGCUGUACGCCAGCAGAUUUCGAAGCUACACAGUGAGAUUUAUAUCAGUGCACGGAGCCGUGGUUCACCCGCGUAUCAAUACGGAUUAUCGCCUACAAAUUUCAUCACUGCCGUCAACGGCGUCCAAACCCACGAUCUCGAUAGUUUUGUGCAAGAAGUCAAGAAGAUCCCGGAUAAUACGUACUUCCGUCUUCGAGCGGUUACGUUUGAUAAUGUGCCGUGGGUGGUGACCAUGAAAAAGAAUGAUCAUUACUUUGCUAUGUCAGAGUAUGUAAAAGAUCCCUCGGCGCCAGCUGGUUGGAAGGUAAUCAAUUAUCCAAAGAGAGAUGAAGCGUCUGCGGAUCAGGGUAAUCUCACUGCUGAUGCUAUGGACGAAGGGGCUGAGGAUGGUGGGAGUGACGCCGAGCCUGAUUGUUAG